UAGUAAAGAUGGUGGACAGAGGAGAUGAAGAGUGGAUGGAACAUGCAUUAAAUUUGGCAAAAGAGGCCCUGAAAAAAGGCGAAGUGCCUGUGGGGUGUAUUAUGGUCUACAAGAACCAAGUUAUAGGCACAGGAAGGAAUGAGGUAAAUGAGACAAAGAAUGCGACAAGACACGCUGAACUAGUAGCCGUUGAUCGAGUUAAGCGAUGGUCAGAGAACCAAGGUCUUUGUUUUGAGGAUGUUGUGAGAAAUUGCAGCCUCUUUGUUACAGUAGAGCCGUGUAUCAUGUGUGCUUCAGCACUGCGAUACCUGAAUGUCUCUAAAGUUGUCUUUGGCUGCGCAAACGAACGAUUUGGAGGCUGUGGUUCUAUUUUAAACAUUCAUACAGACGAUUAUACAACAGAAACAUCUAAAUGUGUUUCUCAGGACGCAUCUUCAAAUGGUGUUGAAAAUACAAUAGGUUGUGUUAUGGAGAACAAAUCUGUUGUCGCAGCUUCCUCGGACUUGUUGAAGAAUCUCUCUGAGACGGACGAUGAAUUUCCAUGUUGUACCUCGUGUCAGACAUUAAUUGGCACUUCAUUUAAUUCCGCUAAAUCAACCGACUUUGAUUCACAGAAAAGUCUGGAGAUUUCUUCAGAGGCCUCCAUCCGAGAAAUUUCGCCAACUGUCGUAGGAAAUUCAACAGGUUGUUCCAAAGGGCAGCAAUGUUUAUGCGCGCCUGUAAACUGUGAGGAAUGCGGUCGAGCCCUAUCGAAUUCAUGUGGCGAGAAAUGCACCCACUCCACCACUGUAGGGAAACCUCUUGAGUGUGUAUCUGGUGUUUUAGCAAGUACCGCCGUUGAUUUGUUAAAAGAAUUCUACAAAGGAGAAAAUCCGAAUGCACCAUUUCCGAAAGUCAAAACAAAACGAUAAAAGUGAUAA